GUCAGUGUCUAUAUUGGCCCAAUGGUUUCUCAGAGUGCGAAGCUGGCCUAUGUAUCGUAUCGUUUGCGAAAUAGUUCGCUCUACGAUCAUGUUUCUGUUUUCAAUGCGCGUUUCUACUUUUUUUUUUUUUUUUUGGUCCCGUGCUUAUUUGUGUAAUACCUAUAUCCGAUACCCUAUCUGUUUUAUGACCAACAUCCUUAUGACUCUGGCAUCGCUGGAUGUUAGGUAACUGUCGAAGUAAUCAAUAUCACAUUCCUCUAAUCACCAAUGAUUAAAGCCUAGGACCGCUUAACCAACAUCAGAAUCAUUCUAUCAAUUUUCGCCAAAAUUGGC